GGAGGAGACUCGUGCUGCGCGCUCCCGUCACACAGAUCGCCAUUUUGAAUCGAAAAUAUAACCGAUUUUUUCUUACAUCGCAUGAUAAACUUGUGUAGUUCUGGCGAGUGUGUGAAAGCGUCGUACACAGUGAGUGUGUCCGGUACUGCUACUUCAGUUCUAAAGCAAAACAAAUCGCUCCUGUUGUAAGCAAUCAAACUCAACCUGAGCCUGGGCAUCCUUCUAAGGUGUGUGGAUUCUGAUUAGGCCCUGGUGGGGAGGUGGACCCCAUGCUGAUGAAUGUCAGGCUGCUCCAUGCUCUCUACAGUCUGCCUCUCAAAUGCCUGUCUGCUUGUGGAGAAGGUGUAAUUAAGGAUUCACUUACUUCAUCUGCUGGUGUGUGCUUCCCCUGCAGCUGCCACCAUGUUUUGGAAGUUUGACCUGCAUACCACCUCCCACAUUGACCAGCUGCUUGACCGAGAGGAUGUAACUCUGAAGGAGCUUAUGGAGGAGGAAGAUGUGCUGCAGGAAUGCAAAGCGCAGAACCGCCGUCUCCUGCUCUUCCUCUCUCAGGACCACUGCAUGCAUGAGUUGGUCAGCCUCAUUACAGUAGAGCCUCCUUCUGACCUGGAGGAGAGAACACGCUUCAAGCUUCCAAAUAUUGCCUGUGAGCUUCUUACUUCUGAUGUAAGCCUCAUUAAUGACAAGCUGGGUGCAGAUGAAUCUCUGCUGGAGAAGCUCUACCAAUUCCUAGAACAAGAGCCGCCCCUCAACCCCCUCCUGGCCUCCUUCUUCAGCAAGACCAUCGGCAACUUGAUUGCUCGCAAAACAGAGCAGGUGAUCUCAUUUUUGAGGAAAAAACACAACUUCAUUAGUCUGGUGCUGAACCACAUAGAUGCCUCGGCCAUGAUGGACCUGCUCCUGCGCCUUAUUAGCUGUGUGGAGCCACCCCCCCUUAGACAAGAAGUCCUCAAUUGGCUGAAUGAGGAGCGGCUAAUCCAGAGGCUAACCGAGCUCAUGCACACAGGGAGGGAUGAGGAGAGACAAUCAAAUGCAUCCCAGACACUUUGUGAUAUCAUUCGUCUUAGUCGAGACCAGGCCAAUCAGAUGCCAGAGGCUUUGGAGCCAGACCCGCUACUGGCAGUCCUAGAGUCAGAGGAGAAUGUGGCGCAGCUUUUGAAGAGUAUGUUGGAGGGGGAGAAAACUGAAGCUUCAGUUGUCAAUGGAACUCAAGUGCUUCUUACAUUACUGGAGUCAAGGAGGUCAGGGCUGGAGGGUUUAAUGGAGCUGUAUUCUCAGGGAUGUGAAAGGUCUUACACUGUCAAUGGCAGUAUUCUACGUGCUAUUGAGCCUCAUCUAAAAGACUUCCAGCAACUUUUGCUGGACCCUCCUAAGAAAAGUGCAAUACUUACAACUGUUGGUGUUCUAGAGCAGCCGCUAGGGAAUGCACGCCUUCAUGUGGCCAGGCUGGUGGCUUCUCUACUGCAGACAAGUGAUCCCAGCAUCUGCCAGGAAUUUUGCAGACUAAACAUAAUGGACCUGCUGUUGGAUUUAUUUUUUAAAUACACCUGGAAUAACUUUUUGCACUUCCAAGUGGAGGUGUGUGUGGCGUCAAUCUUAAACCACUCAGCUCACGUGGUUCUACAGGCCCAGAUUCUACAGAACCAUGAUGAGAGGCCUGACCUGGAUGGCCAAAGUAGCAACACGGAGCCAGCACACACGCCCAUCCGUGAUGCUUUGGUUGCCAAUCUCUUCCAGCAGUGCCGCUUGGUGCAGAGGAUUCUGGAUGCAUGGGAGGAGAAUGACAAAAUUCAAGCUGAGGGAGGCACCAGGAGAGGUAACAUGGGUCAUCUGACUAGAAUCGCCAACACUGUGGUUCAGACUUUGGAGAAAGGACAAGUCCAAUCUCAGAUUAGUGAUCUGAUCAAAGACCUUCCUGAGGACUGUAGAGGGCGCUGGGAGAGUUUUGUGGGUGAAACUCUGAGAGAAACAAACAGGAAAAACACAGUAGACUUGGUCAGCACACACAACCUGCAUUCCUCUAGUGAGGAUGAUGACUUGGAGAGCCCCUUCCCCAAUGAUUUGUCCAUACAACAGGCAUUCUCUGAUUAUCAGAUUCAGCAAAUGACUGCCAACUUUGUGGAUCAGUUUGGCUUCAAUGAUGAGGAGUUUAGUGAACAUGAUGAAAAUAUUAAUGCUACUUUUGAUCGGAUUGCUGAGAUUAACUUCAAUAUAGAUGCAGAUGAUAAUAGUGCCAAUGCUGCUGCCUUUGAGGCAUGUUGUAAAGAAAGAAUACAGCAGUUUGAUGACUGUGAAGAGGAAGAGGACAUUUGGGAUGACAAAGAGAUCAGCUAUGCAACUCAAGUGAAAUCACGAUCUAGGUUCGGGGUGUGUUCAUCCUCAGAAAGCUCACCCAAAGGUCCUGUAAGAAACGGACAACGGGGCCGCAGGUCAGCCUCGCAGGAGGAAGAGGAAGAUGACGAAGGGAGGAGUCAAAACUCUACUCAAGCAAUGCCCAGCAUGAAAGCAGUGUCACCACAGAAUCCUGGUUGGACAGCUAAUUUCGAAGAAGCAAAGGAUGCCUCUAAUAAUUCCUGGGGCUCUGCAUCCAAGCAAGUUAAUGAGGAGCAGAGUGGCACAGGAUGGGCCAAUUUUACAGAGUUUCAACCAUUCUGCAGCAGCCCAGAGUCCAACAACUCGGAGAGCCAGUUGGAGCAAAACCAAGAGAAAAAACACACAGGGCAGUGUGAAACAGAUAAAGGCCAAAAGUCUCCUCUGGCACCCUCAGAUAGCAGCUCUUCUGGAGGCUCUGACAGCGAAGAAGACACGGGGAACCACAAGGCUGAAGGUUCUCCCAAGUCAAAAGGCAAUCUGAAAACAGCAGUCCAAAGUGAUGCACUUGCUGAGGCUUUGGAGAAGCUUACUAUUAAAGAGGUUAAGGUCACCGAGUCAGCAACACAUUCUUCUGAGACCCAAGCAUCCACAGGAGAUAUGGAAAACACCACUGUGACAGAAAGAAGAGUUAAUUCCGUCUCUGAAGUAAUGCCCAACGGGCCGGUCUGAGGGCUUUCUUACCUAGAGCCAGACAAAAACCCCAAUUGAACCCACUUUUUGCCGCUUCCAGUCUAACCCCCCAAAAACCUAAAUACCACUUUUGGUGUUAAUGUAAAUAAUGCUGCCAUGAUGUUGGACCUGGACACUGCCAAUCAGCACGCACCACUGCAGGGAGAGGGGUGUGUUCUACACAACCAGUAACCAGAACAGUGCUCAGAGGAGUUAGUCUUUUAACAUUUUAACUUUGUAUGAAAUAUGCACAGUUUUAAUGUAGCAGUGAUGGAUUUCUUUCUUGAAAUUACCAGAUCAUUAUAACAUUCUGUAAUUUUGUCUGGUUCCCAGCCCUUUAGUUUAUCUUUUUACCUAAGAAGUGACUAUAGAAACUAGAGUUAUUAAGACCCUUGUAGAAAAGCACAUAUUAAUGAAUCUUUAUGAAAUUUUGCCUUACUUGGUCCUCCCUCAAAUUGUUGCUUCAUACACUUAUUCAAACAUUCAAUGAACAUUUAAGCACAACUGAAGUAUUAUUCAAAUAUAAAUUCAGUUAUGUUGCUCCACAUCUGUACCUCCAUGUAAAUGAGGACUACAGUCUUUUGAGAUUGAGAUUACAGAUGUUGAAUGUUAGUGCAUUUGGGCUGACUCUAAUUUGGGGGGUGGGGGUUGUUGAGGGUACAUAUUUAAAUUCUGAGAUGGUGUCACUGCUUCUACUUUGUGCAAUAAUUACAUUUUUCCAUUUAAUUCAAGUUUUGAACCAGUGAUGAGCAUCAAUAGCAAGGCUUUCAUCUGGUUCUGUUUAUUUUAUUUGCAUGCAAAACAUUAUAGAUCAUGCAUAUUUUUUGGUUGGCAUCCUUUUUAGGCCUUCUGAUUGUACAAAAAUGUACAUUGUUUUUCCCCUAUCUCCUAAAACCAUCAAACAAUAUCUGCUUAAAUAUAUAACUAAGAAUAUUUGUUUCUCUGAAAUUCAUUUUUUGUGGGUAAAAUUUUUAAAUAUUUUUUUAAUCCUAAUCACGAAAAAGGAGGUAAAAACAGUGUUUUUCUGCACCUAAACAGUGAACAUCAUGUUCAUGUAAAGUUGCAGCCAGAGAACUUUUUGUUUUAAAUUAUGACCCAAGUUUAUUUUUUUGGCUUUAAAAUGCUCCUGUCAUGUAACAUUUCAUUACAAUUUUUUUGUUUCCAUAAACUCUUUGUUAAUCAUUUCUUUAGGUUUGGGAUGUUACCAAUUGUUGCAUUGCAGGACAGGGAUUUAUUUUUUGGCAUUAUUUAUUUUUGGAUUUAAAAUGUUAAUGUGGAAGCUUACACAUCCUCAUUGUGGCACAACAUUGUCACAACUACACUUUUUCAAGGUAUGCAAAGGCAGGUUCCAUUUUGCUUUAGUAACCAUUUUAAAUAAUGGCCAAAGUCAAUUUGUAGAGAUUCUUAUUUGUCAUCUGCAGCAACCAAAAACCUACAUAUACACAGGGCAAGCAAUGGUCCAGUAUUUUCCCGUUUAAAGUACAGUGCCUUGAAAAACUAUUUAGCCCCUAAAUAUGUUUAUUUCAUUGUUUUAGAUCCACAUUUAAAGUGUAGUAAAACAGCUUGGACAGUGUUUUAUAUUAAAGGAAAUGACCAACAAUUAACAAAAAUUUAAAUAAACGGUGACAUUUUCAUCUCUA